AUGUCCGGAAGAGGCAAAGGUGGCAAAGUUAAGGGAAAGGCAAAGUCCCGCUCCAACCGUGCUGGACUCCAGUUCCCCGUCGGACGUAUCCACAGGCUGCUCCGCAAGGGCAACUACGCCGAGCGCGUCGGUGCCGGCGCCCCGGUGUACCUCGCCGCCGUUAUGGAGUACCUCGCCGCUGAGGUGCUCGAGCUGGCCGGCAACGCCGCCCGCGACAACAAGAAGACCAGGAUCAUCCCGAGGCACUUGCAGCUCGCGAUCCGCAACGACGAGGAGCUGAACAAGCUCCUCUCGGGCGUGACCAUCGCGCAGGGUGGUGUGCUGCCUAACAUCCAGGCCGUGCUUCUGCCCAAGAAGACCGAGAAGAAGGCUUAA